AUGGCUACGUUUGGAGAACUUCCAAAGUUUCAUCAUGAAGUAAAUGACUUCAAGAUAUUCCAAGAUAAAUUGGAACAGUUUUUUAUUGGUAACAAUAUCGAAGAAAAAAGUGUAGAGCAAAGGAGAGCACUUUUGUUAAUUUCAUUACAUGAUGAUACUCUCAAAUUAUUGACUGACCUCGUGUCUCCAGAUACAGUGGCUACAAAAGCUUAUAAAGUCUUAAUGAAAAAAUUGGGUGAUCUCUUCAAACCAGCUUUUUCUGCGUUUGCGGAAAGACUUAAAUUCUACGAAGCGAAGAAGUCACCUCAUGAAACUCUUCAGCAGUGGGCAGCACGUGUUCGGUCAUUGGCAGCUAAUUGCAAAUUUGACACAAAUCUUAACAUGAUUUUACGAGACAAAUUCAUCAUGGGAUUGGAAAAAGGUCCAGAAAAAGAUAAAUUGUUCCUAGAAAGUGUAACCAAGUUAACGUUUGAAAAAGCUAUGGAAAUUUCCCUAGCAGUCGAAUGUAUACGUCAUCAGUACGAAGCACCGCACAUGGAAAUAAAACGUGAACAAGAAGUUUUUCGACUCAAAUCUCAGCACAGAAAACCACCAGCAUCAUCAUCAUCAUCACCUAAACAACAACAUCAAUGGAGAAGUAAUUCAUCGGCAGCCCAAGCACACUCAAUGCAGCAUCCAGCAUGUACCAGAUGUGGAUUAAAAAAUCACAUAGCAGAAAAUUGUCGCUUUAAAGGCUACACUUGCCAAAAGUGUGGGGAAAAAGGGCACCUGAAGAAGAUGUGCAAAAAUCAUCGAAGCAAUAAUUCAGAUAACAAAGUUAAAGAAGAUAAUUUGUUAAAGCCGAUCACUACUACAGUUAAUAUGAAUGGAAUUGAUCUAAAAAUGGAAAUUGAUAGCGGUGCGUCUAUCUCCGCUAUUUCUGAUGACGUUUAUAGAAAUUUGUUUAGUGAUUUAAAAGUAGUCGAAUCAAAUAUAUCUCUAAAGGCGUAUGAUGGAGCUAUUAUAAAACCGAUUGGAGUAUGUAAGGUAAAUGUUCAAUUCAAAAACGUGACAAAAUUAGUAGACAUUUUUAUAAUUAAAAAUGGGGGUCCACCAAUAUUGGGAAGAAGUUGGAUGAAAGCAUUCAACAUAGGUUUUGAAAAUAUUAAAAUCUCACAGCAGAAUCUAGAUAAUGAUUUAGUUCAAGUUUUAGAUAAUUAUAAAGAUCUUUUUGAUGGUAGUCUGGGAACCUUCAAAUAUGGCACAGUUUCAUUGAAACUGAAAGAAGGUGCCACACCAAAGUUUUUUCGUCCAAGGAAAUUGCCAUUUGCAAUUAAAGACAAAGUGGAAACUGAAAUCGAUAGACUUGUUGGCCUUGGAGUUCUUCAGUAUGUAAACUAUAGUGAGUGGGGUACUCCGAUUGUACCCAUUAUGAAAAAAGAUGGCACAGUCAGAAUUUGUGGUGACUACAAGGUCACUCUAAACCCACACUUGAAGCCUUAUCAGUAUCCCUUUCCAAGAAUUGAGGAGCUUUUUGCAAAAUUGCAUGGGGGCCAGGAAUUCUCGAAAAUUGAUUUAGCAAUGGCUUAUCAACAAUUACUUUUGGACAAAGAUUCGAGAAAAUUGACCACCAUAUCCACUACGAAAGGAUUAUUCGAAUAUACAAGAAUGGUGUUCGGUGUCGCACCAGCACCCGCAAUUUUUCAAGAAAAAAUUGAAUCUUUGUUAAGUGGAAUAGAUGGGGUUACAAUUUUUAUGGAUGAUUUACUAACUACAGGAAAAGAUAAAAAGGAACACCUUAAAACCCUGUCUUUAGUGCUUUCCAAACUUCAGGAAGCCGGUUUGAAGGUGUCUCCACAUAAAUGCGAAUUUUUUAAAGAAUCCGUUUGCUAUCUGGGUCAUGUAAUAGAUAAACACGGUCUUCGUAAAGAUCCAGCUAAGGUUAAAGCUGUUAUGAACCUGUCGGAACCGAAGAAUAUAACUGAACUCCAAUCGUUUCUCGGUGUAAUUAAUUUUUACCGUCAGUUUAUGCCAAAUUUAGCCACAACAGCAGCACCCCUUUAUGAAAACAUGUCUAACAAAUUUAUUUGGGAAACACUUCAAAAGGAAGCGUUUGAGUCAGUAAAGAAAAUCAUGUCAUCAGAUAUUUGUCUUGCGCAUUUUGAUCCCUCUGAAGAAGUUAAGUUAAUAGUAGAUGCAAGCCCAGUAGGAUUAGGCGCUGUGCUAGUUCAUCAGUACGCUGAUGGUAAAGAGCUUCCAAUUUCGUUUGCGUCUAAAAGGCUUUCAAAAACGGAAAUGAAAUAUUCCCAAAUAGAAAGGGAAGCUCUAGCAAUCGUUUUUGGUGUCAACAAAUUUCACCAAUAUCUUUUUGGUAAAAAAUUUGUUUAA